UUUGUGAGCUUCGUGGGCCUCCUGACGCCGCCUCUUCACAGGGCGCAGCCGCUGGACCGGGGAGACGCCAACUGUCGGUUUGGUUAGCUGGCUGUAAACAAAUCUGUACACCUCCGAGAUGUACGGAAAAGAAACCUUUUGUGCGAACCUGUUUGCUGCGCCGUAACAGCAGGUUUUAGCGAUCAUCAUGUAGGUAAACUCAGUGUUAUUUGACUUUUGAGGACAGCCGAUUUUUUUAAAAUUAUUUUUUAUUUUCGUUAAACCAAUGCCGUCAUUUAACCGAUGGGAUCCCGGACAUUUUAUUGCUAUGCUCACCUAAAUCGCUAGCUAACUAAGUGAAGCAGCUGGAUAAUUUUGUGUGUCUUUUACAUCACGGAGCUCAGCUAGCUUUGAUAAUAUUCCCUUGAACAUGGCAUCUGCUGCUGCCGCGGAGCACGACCUGGUUCUGUCCGAGGCGGACAGCAGCAAGGAGAAAGGCCAGGUGUUCGGGAUCCUCAGACUACAGGAGGAGAAAUCAGGUGCAGGGGACAAGGCGAACAUCAGCAGCAGCAGCACCACAGGGAGAGGUGGAGGAGGUGGUGGUGGUGUGGGAGACGGGCGAUGGCAGGCUCCUAUCUUCGCUUUAGCCAGGAAAGCAUCAGAGACCAUUUCAGGAAGCAUUCACGUCCUUCCAAAAGUGUCGGAACACAGGACUUCCCUUCCUGGUGACUGGACUGUCCAAGCGAUGCGUGACCCGAUGGCCAUGGAGCGAGCCAACCUGCUGAACAUGGCGAAGCUCAGCAUCAAAGGCCUGAUCGAGUCGGCUUUGAGCUUCGGCCGGACGCUGGACUCGGACUACCCGCCUCUGCAGCAGUUCUUCGUGGUCAUGGAGCACUGCCUGAAGCACGGCCUCCGAGUGAAGAAGUCCUUCCUGGGUUUCAGCAAGUCUCUGUGGGGUCCUCUGGAGCUGGUGGAGAAGCUGUGUCCAGAAGCGUCAGAGAUCUCUGCCUCUGUUCGAGACCUUCCCGGCCUCAAGACUCCUCUGGGCCGGGCCAGAGCCUGGCUCCGCCUGGCUCUCAUGCAGAAGCGGCUGGCCGACUACCUGCGCCUCCUCAUCACCAGGAAAGACCUGCUCAGCGAUUUUUACGAGGAUUCGGCGCUGAUGCUGGAGGAGGAGGGGGCGGUGAUCGUGGGCCUGCUGGUGGGCCUGAACGUCAUCGACGCCAACCUCUGUGUGAAAGGCGAGGACCUGGACUCUCAGGUCGGAGUGAUCGACUUCUCCAUGUACUUGAAAAACGACAUGGAUGACUACAGGAGCGAGGAGAGGAAUAGCCAGAUAGCAUCCAUCUUAGAUCAGAAGAACUACGUAGAAGAACUGAAUCGACAGCUCAACUCCACGGUUCAUGGUCUCCACAGCAGAGUCGACUCUCUGGAGAAAUCAAACUCCAAACUCAUAGAGGAGCUAGCCAUAGCCAAGAACAACAUCAUCAAACUGCAGGAGGAAAACCAGCAGCUGAGGAGCGAAAACAACCUGAUUCUGAUGAAGGCACAACAUCAUCUGGAGUUGACUCAGGGCGACACGUCGGUGGAGCGGGACACCUACAAGCAGUCCCGUCAGGGUCUGGAUGAGAUGUACAACGAGGCCCAGCGGCAGCUGAAAGAAGAGUGCCAGCUCAGACAGGAUGUGGAGAACGAGCUGGUCGCGCAGGUGUCCAUGAAACAGGAAAUGGAGCUGGCCAUGAAGCUUCUGGAGAAAGACAUUCAUGAAAAACAGGACACACUGAUUGGACUGAGGCAUCAGCUGGAUGAGGUGAAAGCCAUCAAUGUAGAAAUGUACCAGAAGAUGCAGUCGUCUGAUGAGGAGAUGAAGAAGAAGAACAACGUGAUCAGUCGCCUGGAGGAGAAGACGAAUCAGAUCACCGCCACCAUGAAGCAGCUGGAGCAGAGCGAUAAAGAUCUGCUCAGCCAGACCAGAACUCUUGCCAUGUCAUUUGUUAAGUGUGCCAGCACAGACACAGAGCACCAGUACAAGCUGGUCAAAGACAUCUCCUUUUGAGGACACCAGUAACUCACUGGACUCCAAACUACAUUCCUGUUGUUUAACUUUCACAGUAAUUAAAUGGUUUUAGGGGCAACAGAGGCGCCACAGAAUCGGGUGAAACCCCCGGACUGCAUGUUUGGUUCGGUUCCUGAGGCGAGCCGCGGCUUCCGACGGGUCUCUUGACGUCGCAUUCAGAGAAAUGAUCAGAUGUUUAAGUCGUGUAGCUUCUCAACGGUUUGAUUGUUGCUUAGAUAAAUGAACUAGACGCCUCUUAUAUGUUCUGUCACACAUGCAACACAUUCAACCACAGUGGUCAGCUUGUAUGCAGGGAGAAAGUUUGACUCUGAAAUGUAAAUUUUUUUAAUUGUCAAUGUGAAGUAGGAACACAAACUGUGGGGCGAGUCAGCUGGUUUUUACAUUUUGUCACAUUAAAAGAAAAACAAUCAGAAAUUUUGUUGGGAUUUUAUGUGACAAAUCAACACAAAGUCGUGUAUAAAUAUGAAAUGGAGAAAUGGUUUCAAUUUUUUUUUUUUUUUUUUUACAAAUGCAAAUCUCAAAAGUGUGGCGCGCAUUUGAACUCAACUCAUUCAGCUUUAUUCUGAAACUCCUGAAAUGAAUCCAAUCAUACUGAAAAGACGGAUAAUCAGUUUAAGCCAUAAAUCAAUUAAUCGCAUGUUAAACUAAAACGAGCUCGAUAAUUUCCAUUUGCAUGCUUUGUUGUUCUCACGUUUCUGUUGUUUUUGUUUAUUCAUUUUGCAAAUUUAAAAUGUCUUCCGGUUCCCGUGUUAAAUUAAAAUUCAAUCAGUUUAUUGAUUUCAAAAGAAAAUUAAAACUCAAGUGAAAUUUUAAUUAUUCAAGGUUUGUCAAAAAGAUUUUUCAAACCAAAGCAUAUAGGAUCUCCUAGAGAUCCUAUAUGCUUUGCUGUAAUUAUUUGUUACAGCAAAUAAUUAAAACUUACUGAUCUUUGACACAUUUUUUUUAUUUAUUUUGCAUUUUUAUGCCAUUACCAUUGUUGAAAAUGGACAUCUAAACAGCAGUAUUAAUGUUUAUCGCAGAAACUUCUUCUAUCAUGACAGCCCUGGUUUUCGGUCUUUUAAAGAAGAACUGAAAACAUUCAAAGAUCUCAUAUUUUAAAUAACUUUUUAUUGUUUUUACAUUGGUUAAUUCCUUUUAUUUUGUGUCACUUUGAGAUUGACACGUAAAGUGUUAGAAAUAAAGUUUUAUUAUUAAGAUUAGCGAACAAACAGCUUCUUAGGUCAGACAGGAGGUUUAAAGCCAAGUUGGUUCAUAAAACAAAACUACAAGUAUUGAAAAUUUCACAGAACCCAGUUCAAUCUAUCAUUUAAAAAUACAUUUAUAGGUUUAAAGAUAUUUAAACUGAGCUUUUAGACCACAUGCAAAAAACUGUAAUGAAAAAACAUCACCCUAAUCAUGCUUUUUAAAAAUCAAAUACAGAGAAUCUUAUUGGAUUAAAUAUUCCAAAAUAUUGCAGCUGUUGUUCAAUUAAAAAGUGGUUCUACAAAGUCCUGACUUUUUUGGAAAAAACAUGAAUUCUUUUCAUUUCACUUCACUAAAAUGUUACAUAAAAUCCCAGUAAAACAAAUUGAAGUGACAAAGUGUAAAAACGUUAAAGUAAUGUCUUUAUUUGUUAUUUUAUGUUGGUUGGCCUGAGAUGCUUGUGCCAGAAAAAGACAUUUAGGCUGCGUUCACACUACAGCCUGAAGUGACCCAGUUACGUCGUCUGUCGCCGUUCACUUCCAAAUAAAUCUCCAGCGUGAACUGCAAACGACCUGAAAGUGUCCAGUAGAGGGCGCAAUAACGGCACACAUAGAGGGCGUUCUCAGUGUUCUGCCAACCUCCAUAAAGAAGUGCUCGUUGUUAGCAGAAGUAAACAUGGAUGCUAACGGUGGAGCAUAGCUUAUGAUUUUGAAGUUGUUGUCCGACCGGAGCAGCACAUUAACAACUUAAUCCUCAUUAUUGUCCGUCAUGGUUGUUGUUUUUCUUCCCGCUUGCGAGUAUCAGGAUGCAGAAUAGUGAGAUUUGUUGAGUAUCAGUGACGUUCAGGAACUGGACGUUAGGUUGAGGUGCUCUGGGUCGCAUUCGAAAAGAAUCUGACCUGUGCUGUUCAGACUGUCGUGGAAAUAUCAAAUACAGGUCGCAUUACGUAAAAUAAAAAAAUUGGAAUUGGGUCACUUAAGCCUGCGGUGUGAACAGCCCUGCGUAUCCAAUUCAAAUGGGACGCCGUUAGCAUCCAUGUUUACUUCUGCUAACAACGAGCACUUCUUCUUUAUGGCGGUUGGCAGAACCGCUGACGCUAUUGCGCCCUCUACUGCGCAUGCGGGGAACUUUCAGGUCCUGUGCCCGUUCAAACUGCAGAUGCCAUACAGGUCGCAUAUGUGUGUCAGUGUGAACGGCCCCGGAAAAAAAAAAUCCGAUUUGACAAAAUAUCGGAAUUGGGUCACUUCAGGCUGGAGUGUGAACGCAGCUUCAGUUUCAGCCUCUAGCAGCAAAGUUCAGGUUUCAGAAAGAAAACAACCAGGGCACUAAACUGCAAAAACACAAAUUCUUACCAAAUAUUUUUGGUCUAGUUUCUGGUGCCAAUAUCUUAGUACACUUGAAAUAAGACAAAACUAACUUACAAGUAACUUUUUAUCUAGAAAUUGAGACUUGUUUUAAGUCAAUAAUUUGUAAAAAUUCCUUGUUCUAUUAGCAGAUAAUUUUACUUAUAACAAGACAUUUUCUCGUGUUGUAAGUUAAUUUGUCUACCAAUGGAGCUGGUAUUUUCACCGAUAUUAAGGAAUUAUUUACUAAAACCAAGCCUCUAUAUCUUGCUGAAACGUUAUUUCAAGUUUAUUAAAAUAUUUGCACCAGAAACUAGACAUCAAUGGUAAGAUUUUGUGUUAUUAUAGUGUAAAUCGAUCUCAUUGCAGCCCUAAUUAUUAGCUUAUUUUAUUUUCUGAGUCAGCCAGUACGGAUCUUAGAGCAGAUGCAGCAUCAGACAGAACUGUGUGCUUCAGGUCUGCUGCUGGUUUGUGCUGCAUGUGUUGCACCUCCUGACCUGCUUCCCGGUGGCUGUGACGACCCAGCGUGCGCCUGCGGUCAGCCCCUGCCCUCUCUGUCUGUAGUAACCGUCUCUCUAGGAGGGAAUUCAGCUGUUAGUUAAAGUUAAAAGUUUGGUAAAAACUGCAGGGUUCCACUAUGAAACGCUGAUAAACGACAGACUGCAGUGACCUGAGCUGUAAAAAUUAACAUUGUUCUCGAUUUUGGCAUAUUUACUGACUUCUGUGAUACACGGUAUAUUAAAUAAUAAUGAUAAUAACCCUUCUGACUAUUCUAACUUGUAUGUUUAUAACACUCUGGAUUAGACAGAAAUAAAGACCCAGUCCUGUAAGUUAAAGCUCACAACUCUUGUCUUUUACCACAGUGAUCAAUAAAUGAAAGUGUUUUGAAAGUCCUGGGUGUGACUGGAGUUUUUAUUCAGCUUUUUAUCUAAAGUACCUGCAGCUUAUCAGUCGAUUUAAUAAAACAACAUUCUGUCACCUGUAGAUUUUGAAGAGUGGGCCGAUCAUUGUGUCUAAAAUGGAGGAUUUGUUGCACACUAAAGCUGCACUUGGGUACCAGUUAUUUUUGUUAUUUUUCACUCAUUUCUUCCCUGUUGUUUUGCAGCAGUUUGCAGCACCCCGUUUUACUUUCUGGCAGCUUUCACAUCAACCAAACCAAGUUGCACGUUUUCACCCCCAUCCUCCCAUCCAUCCUUUUUCUUCCCUGUUUGGUUCAUUUUCUCCCCAUGCGCACACUCCUCCCAGAUUUUUCUCUCCACGGUCCUGAGUUUGUCCCCUGGUUAUAAUG